GUCUCUGUGUCUUUUAUAGACUGCUGCAUGCCCCAAGCCCUUUUUUGCGCUGCUGUAGGCAUUCAGCUCACAGAACCCUUCUUACCUACCCUCGCCUACCUUAGGUACUGUGUAUGCUAUGCAGCAUGCCCCCCCUGAAGACCCUUAAGGCCCUCCAAUGGGCGGCACUGGUGGUCCCCAAUCUGCUGGCACAUGUGCAUGCCAGUGCCGCUCCAACAGAAGAAGCUCAGCAUGUCUUGCAGCCACCACGAGAUGCCCCUGACACCUCUCAACGCCGUCUUCGUGGCAGGUUCCUUCACAUCACAGAUCUACACCCCGAUGAGCACUACAAACCCCACACUUCAACCCAGGAGAACAUCGCAUGCCACCGAGGCGAUGGCCCUGCCGGUAUCUAUGGCGCCGAGACGUCCGAUUGCGACUCUCCACUGUCGCUUGUGGAUGCGACAUUGGCCUGGGUGAAAGAGCAUCUGAGGGAUGAGGUUGACUUCGUUGUCUGGACCGGCGAUUCUGCCCGCCAUGACAGUGAUGAACAGCUACCCCGCCACAACAAGGACAUCCUAGCAAUGAACCGUCGCAUCGCCGACAGCUUUGUCGACGCCUUCUCUGAUGAUACGGGCCUGAUUAUUCCCGUGGUGCCAACGUUCGGCAAUAAUGAUAUCUAUCCUCACAAUAUCCUGCUGCCUGGGCCCAACGAUAUCCUACAACGCUACACCACCAUUUGGAGGCCAUUUAUCCCCGAAGCCCAACGGCACUCGUUCGAAUAUGGAGGUUGGUUUUAUGUUGAGGUCAUACCAAACAAACUCGCCGUAUUCUCACUCAACACAAUGUAUUUUUUCGAUCGGAACGCCGGUAUUGACGACUGCAUACAUCCUUCGGAACCUGGAUACAAGCAUUUCGAAUGGCUACGUGUUCAGCUCGAUUUCUUACGUGGUCGCGGCAUGAAGGCGAUUCUCAUGGGACAUGUCCCUCCUGCGAGGACUCCCGGCAAGCAAUUGUGGGAGGAGACAUGCUGGCAGAAGUAUACCUUGUGGCUGCAACAGUACCGUGACGUCAUUGUAGGCUCCAUGUAUGGGCACAUGAACAUUGAUCACUUUCUGUUGCAAGACACAAAAGAAAUCGACCUCGCAAUAAUUCAAGGCCAAGAUUCCGUCCAGGCCUUCCGUCGUGAAGCCAUGGAAGAUGAUUUCUCCAUUGCGUCAAGUACUGAUUACCUGAAAGAGCUUCGUGAUGGAUGGGCUAAGCUGCCGAGUCCAGUGGCUCUAGAAAACGGUGUUGACGAGAGCAACCAACAACGGCGCAAGAGCAAGAAGGGGAAAGACAAACUCGGUGGCAAAUGGGCAGAGCGAUUCCAACUUACUCUUAUAUCCCCGAGUGUUGUGCCAAACUAUUUCCCCGGCCUUAGAGUAUUCGAAUACAACAUCACUGGUAUCGAAAAUACUCGUACGUGGGCAGAAGCCACAAGAGCAGCAUACCUUGACGAAACACUUCCCAAUCACGAUGAGGUACCCGAGGUUGGUGAGCUGAAGAGACGCGAGACCCCUGAGUUCGAGAUCGAAAAGAAGAAGAAGAAGAACAAGGGUAAAAAAGGCCAAAAGCCACCCCAUCUAAAUAUCCCUGACCCUCCGGCAAAGGGUACUCCGCCUGGCCCGGCAUACAGUCCCCAAACAUUGACCUUACUGGGGUACACGCAAUACUUUGCAAAUCUCACAUAUAUCAACAACGACAUCGUAGAUCCCAAGGCUGCCGAUCUUUCGCCUAACGGGUGGAAUCCCGGAAAGCACCACGGCAAGACUCCCAAGCACGACAAGCCACAACCCAACGCGUUCAAGUUCGAAAUCGAAUACAGCACGUUCGACGACAAGGUGUACAAGCUCGACGAUCUCACCGUGAAGAACUACGUGCGUCUCGCGCACCGCAUAGGGCAGGCCUCGAAGAAAGCGAAGUCGGUCGCAGAUAGCGAAUUUGACGAACUCGCUUUUACAGACGACGACGAUGAAGUCGAAGACUACGAGGAUGAAGACACUGAUAGCAAUUCUGAUUCAUGGAGUUUCUUCGACUUUGUCAUGAACAAGAACAAGAAGAAGAAGCACCACAAGAACAAGAAACACAAGCAUAAGAAGAACAAGGAAGCCCGCAAGACGUGGUUGCAUUUCCUCAUGCAUGCGUUCGUCAGUACUUGGAGCAAAGACGAGCUGGAAGACUUAUAGACAGAAUUGGAGUUGUCAGACGGGGAAGUUCCUACGUCUUAUGAGAUUUUGGGAAUUGUCAUUUUUCUUGGCGUGUUUUAUCUUUGGUUCUUUGGGAAC